AACUUGACAUUGGCAGAUUUGACUUGACAUAAAAAUAUGAUAAAAUAACAAAAAUACAGAGGUUUUAAAUAUUAUUUUAGGUUAAUUAUUGAAACAAAUUGUUUUAAAAUUAUAGACCAUGUCGCAACCGCCAAGCCGCAGUAUCUUAGCAAUGAUACUUAGGAAUUUUUUAAAUUCCCUAAAACCUAGACAAUUUAGUGGAACUUUGAUAGGAAAAGACUAUUUUGGAAAUAAAUACUAUGAAAUCCCAGCUAAUCCAUCUGUUGGAAAAAGACGAGCUAGUCGUUGGUUCGAUCCGCCGAAAAAGGAAGAUUUUAUGCAAGAAAUGCCAGCGGAAUGGGAAGCCUGGCUAAGAGGGAGAAGAAAGGACCCCCCCACAGACGAAGAGGUUAUGAAAAAUCUAGCUAUAAUGCAAAUGAAAAAGAAAAAUGCCAUAGAAGUCGAUGCGAAAGGAGGAAAAAUGACACCGAUGACUAAGGGAAUUGAAACUUUUCCAAAAAGAUCAGAAUAUGAGACAAUACCUGGGAGGAGAAAUGAUAAAACCUAGUCCAAAUUUGUAGUUAGACUGUACAUACAUUUGUUUGUUAGUUAUUUUAAUUAUAUUUAUUUAAUUUA